UACGCAACAGUGCAACGUUCGCUCCCUUUUGGUGGGAAAAUGUGUUCGCUAUGGCGCAAAUUUAACUUAAAUUCCAAAUGGUUGAUAUAUAAAUUGAAAUACAUGCUGUAACUAUAGAGUAAUGUGUAUAUGUCAAGCUUUACAGCACGGAGAGAUUACCGCGCUAAAGGCUGUUACAGGUGCUGAAUGAUCCGAUUACUCUAGGAAAGUUGCCUGCCUUUUGUUUACUAGCAUGCUAUUUGGCUGUUCAGGAGUUUUAAUAACGCUGAGCAGACAUUCAGUGGGUUCAUUUUUGUACCGUUAAAAGCAAUCUGUGUGUCUUUCGUUACUGGCUUCUAGGGUAGAUGGUUGUCUCUUUAUAAACUCGUCGCUGGCGGAUUUAGGAAAGUCAUAAUCACAUUUAAUAGCGGCCGAAAAUUAACCCAAACAUGCCAGAAAUCAAAGUAAAACACGUGGUUUCCUGCUCCACGGAGGACAGUACUCAUAAAGCAGACAACCUGCUGAGCUCAGACACCUACAGAAAGUGGAAAGCCGCAAAACCCGGAGAGAAGCAGACAUCCGUCAUCCUACAGUUUGAGAAGGAGGAGCAGGUCCACAGUAUUGACAUCGGAAAUGAAGGAUCAGCUUUCAUCGAAGUGUUGGUCGGAAAUUCUUCAGCCGUCAAAAACCAAGACUAUGAGGUUCUUCUUGUUACGUCUUCCUUCAUGUCCCCUACUGAGAGCCGAAAUGGCACCAACAUGAACCGGGUUCGUUUCUUUGGACCCAACCAGUUGCAGAAAAGCACGGCUCAGGAGAAGUGGGACAGAGUGAAAAUUGUGUGCACCCAGCCAUACAGCAAGAACAUUGCAUACGGGCUGGCUUUUGUCAAGUUCCACUCGCCACCUGAUAAAACCGAUCCUCCGACUUCAUCUCCUAAAAUAACAAAGCUUGGACAGUUCAGGGUGAAAGAUGAGUCUCCUUCAUCUGGGCCCAGCCUUCAACCUGGCAGUCUCUUCUUCAACCGAGACAAUGCAACAAAGCCAAGCACUUCACUCAAAGCCUCUCCACCAAGUGACAAGCUGAGCUACGCUGCUGCUGCUCUGCAAGCAGGAGGCAGCUCUCAAUCAUCAGGUCAAGCUUCAACCUCCGUCUCUGCCUCACCACAGCCCCCAGCAAAAAGGAAGUUUGAGUUUAGCAAAGAGCGGCAGUCAGCUCCAGGACCUCCAGCAAAGAAAAUGAGCCCGGCUGCCUCGCCUGAGACCAAAGUUACAACCUCUAAACACAAACAAAGCCCAGUCAGCACACCAAGCCCAGGCACUGCCAAAGCAUCAUCAGCACAGAAAUCUGCUGAGAAGAAGAGGGAGAGCCAGGCCAAAGCAGAACCUAAACCCAAACCCAAGACAAAGACUAAGACUGAGCAGCAAGUUCCAUUUAAACAGAUCCUGGAGGGGGUGGUGUUUGUCCUGAGUGGCUUCCAGAACCCCUUCAGAGGGGAGCUGAGAGAAAAGGCACUUGAAAUGGGAGCCAAAUAUCGACCAGACUGGACUCCUGACUCCACACAUCUUAUCUGUGCCUUCGCCAACACCCCCAAGUACAGCCAGGUGAAAUCAGCAGGCGGUAUCAUCGUGAGGAAAGAAUGGGUGAUGGACUGCCAUAAGAGGAAACAGAAAAUCUCAUAUAAACGCUACUUGAUGGAUGGAGCGGAGUCUAGCUCUGAGAGUGAAAUGGAGGUCGACGACCAGAGUGAGGAGGAAAUGGAAACAGAGAUUCCACAGAAGCAGGUGAGACAAGUCACCCCGAAAAAGACACCAGAGAAAAAGGAUAAGGAUGAUGAAUACGGGGGCUCAACUGAUGUUGAUGAACCAGAUGAAGAUGAGGAUGAAUCUGGAGUGGAUACAGAAGACGAGCUCCAGAGGGUGGAAAGCAGGCAGAAAAAAGCCGCCGUGAAGGAAUCAUCAGUGAAAGAGGAGGAUCCAUAUGGGGGGUCUACGGAUGAAAACACAGAUGCUGAAGCAGAAGAGGAUUAUCCCAUCCCUGAGCUGCCAGACUUCCUCAAAGGAAAGCACUUUUUACUGUAUGGAAAAUUCCCAAACAACGAGAGGCGACUACUUCUACGAUACAUCGUUGCCUUCAAUGGAGUGAUUGAGGACUACAUGUCAGAGAAAGUGCAGUUUGUUGUGACCAGUGAAGGAUGGCAUGAAUCCUUUGAAGAUGCGCUGAUGGACAAUUGUAACCUGAACUUUGUGAAGCCUGCAUGGAUUUACGCCAUCAAUGAACGUCAGAAAAUGCUGCCCUAUCAGCCUUACACUGUCGUGCCCUGAUGAAUACAGCGUACGCGAACACACUGAGGAGUCUGAGACACAGUUCAACUCCUGAUUGAUACACUGAAGG